UUUGCUCGGAUGGGAUGCCACACUAAAGAUCUCACACCCUUAACUGAGUCGACUCAGUGUCCCACAGAUCGCUGUGCUACUGAUGUGGACUUUGUCAUUCUCCUUUAUAAGGAAGACGUUGAGUGAGGACUGAGCAGGAUUAAAAUAUGAGUUCUUUUCACACUAAAGAGUAAAUCAUUUAACAACAUUCAUCUAGCAGACAGCAAAGGCAGGUGUGUGUGAGAGUGGACAAGAUGUUCAGGAGCAACAGUCCCUUUGGCAACGACACCAGCAGCUACGCUGGAUCCAUCCAGUCCAAUGGUUUCUCCAACACGGAUGAUGUGUCAUCGCAGGCGUCAAAUGUGUCGAAGCUCAGUGCCAUGUCAGUUUACUUGCAAAGGAAGGAGUAUGCAGAGUCAGUAAACAAGAUGAUGGACAAAUUACGGUACAGAGUGGAGCACUUGUUCACCUGUGACCUGGAUGGGAAGGAGCUGAGAGGCGUGGGGGACUGUGUGGAGCGGCUGAAGCUUCUGGACGGUAUGGGCCGAGUUUGGGGUCAGAACAUGAGGCUGGAGGUGCGAGGAGCCAACCUGCUGCUCACAGACAGAGAAACCAAGGAGGAGCUGGAGUCCAUGUCCUUCAGUGACAUCCUGGAGCUGAAGGCGGUGCUGGACGCCGGCGUGUUUAACUCCCUGCUCACAGUGUCUGUCCGGCCCGAGGGGAAACACACCACCACCGUCUUCAUGUUUCAGUGUGAGGAUGUCAGGGCUGACUAUGUCCAAAGUGAUCUCUCAGCAGCAUUGUCACGCAGGAAACAUGAUUUAGGCAUCAGCAGCAAUGCAGGACCAAUAGCAAGACAGGGAAUGGAAAACCUCAGUAACGGCGAAGAUUUCUCUGAACCAAAAGAGCAGAAGCCCCCCCAAUGGACGGCUCCUGACUAUGAGGAGGAUGACGUACCUGAGCCUGAACCAGUUGUACAUCAGGAGGAAGAGGAGGAGGAGGAAGAGGAGGACCCACCUCCCAGAGAGAGGGCACCGUCACCGCAGCCCUCCACCACCGAAGAAGAACCUCUGUCGAGCCAACGUCCAUACACAGACCUGGACAGGAAUGUAGACAUCUUGAAUCAUAUUUUAGGUGACAUAGAAAUCUUCAUGGGAAAAGUAUCUGCAGUAGUAGCGAAAAAUGCAAAGAAAAAGAAGAAAAAGAAAAAAGGAAAAGCCCUAGACGGUAUGCCACCUGCAGCAGAGUUUGAAGAGUGUUUCCAUAAGAUCAAAUGUGGUUUCAACCUGGUGGGGGAGCUCAAUGGAAGGAUUAACAAUCCCAGCGCUCCUGAAUUUGUUCACUCCUUAUUUUCCAUAUUAACAUUCCUGGUAUCUCACUGCCCUGAAGAUCUGCUGAAGACCAUCGUGGCGCCGCUGCUGACGCCUCAGUGUAUCCGUCUGCUGAGUGAGGAGGCGUCCACAGAGGAGGACCAGCUGUGGCAGUCUCUGGGAGACGCCUGGAACAUCCCCAGCACCCAAUGGCCAGAAGACGACGAGGACAUCCCAACAUACACUCUGGAGUUCUCUGACGGCUGGCAGGCCCCUGAGGUGACUGCAGCACCUGAACCCAGUGAACCAAUGAGAAGAGAGGAGCGUCAACAACCUGCACCCUACCAGGCUCCAGCCAAGAGUAUAACACCAGCUCAUCGCCCCAAAAAAUCAUCACGCUUUGUUCAGUCACCACCGCGGGACAUGUAUGUUACGUAUGACUUCAUCUCAAGAAACCAAAGAGAGCUCACCGUGAGAAAAGGAGAAGUAGUUCAGCUGCUGGACAUGUCGAAGCAGUGGUGGAAAGUGAGGAACAGCGCCGGGGAGGAGGGCUAUGUUCCCAAUAAUGUCCUGGAGGUUUAUGGUGAACAACAGAUGGAGCAGGCGCCUGGGGGUCCUCCUGUUCUCACGAAGAAAUCCAAGCCUGCAGAAGUGAAAGCUUGGCUGGAAGACAAAGGCUUUGGUAAAAUCACUGUGCGCUGUCUGGGCGGGCUGAGCGGCUCCAUGCUGCUGGGCAUGAGCCGAGAGGAACUGAAGACCGUUUGUCCCGAGGAAGGAGGACGAGUCUUCUUCCAGUUACAAGCAGUCAAAUCCGCCAUGAGUGUUGCCACGUAAGAGACCAACAAGAGAAAACCAAAGAAGAAGGAGAACAAGAACUCCCCAUGGUCCAUGUCACUAAAUACUGUAUACUUUUAAAUAAGAAGUGAGAGAUUGUUAAGCAUAUUAUUAUCUGAAUCCUUGUAUACAAUUAUAUGCAUCUCAUUUUGAAUUCAUAUAUAGCAUUUGUUUGGUUGAGAAAUCUGCUGUAAAUCCAAAGUGUAAUCUAAUCAGUGGAGAUGAUAUAAAGUGCAUUUAGACAAUGUUCCCAGCAAUACUAUGUCAAAUGUCUUACUAUAUUAUGAUAGCAAAGUCCGAUGACGCAACACGAUGUAAACAGCCUUAUGUAUGUGUUCAUUCAGUAACGUGUAAAUAAAAGUUUUCUGGCACAACACAACGUUUUAGUGAAUAAACAUGCUUUAUUUCGUUCAGACAUUACACAUGAACCUUAUCAAAGGCAUCUGUUAAACACUGGCAAUUCAUUUCAGGCAAUAAUUUGGCUACAGAUCCAUGGCCAUAAAAUUCAAAUGUCGAAAAAGUGACGAGAUUUUGUGAAAACAAAGAUUUCAAUGAGAAAAAUAUAAGCUGCACAGAAAUAUAUGUUGAGAGUGAGCAUUACAAAUGUAAUAAAUGAGUGAUAAAGAUAGUAAAACACACAUAAAUCAGUGUGAAUUAUAAAUAUAUGAAUAAUGUAGCGCAUAUAUUUGAAUAACUGGUACUGGUUUUUGUGAUGGCAUCCAAAUAAUUGCUGUGUUACUACUUAGAGAUAAAAGCUUGAAAUAGUCCCAUCUGUUCUGUUUUUAUGUGCAUCACUUCUGAUGCGCCAAUAUUUACUGGAAUUUAAAAGGUUAAAAUGACCAAUUUACUUGUUCAAACUGCUCAAAUGUGAAGAUGUGUUGCUUCUUCACAUUGUCUAUGAAAGUAAAGCAAAUAUGUUUGGGAACUGGACUGUAGUUUGGACGAAAACAAACAAUUUGAACACCUCAACACCCAGGGUCCUAAAGGAAUCAUAAUGGGCUUUAUUCACAACCUUCUGAUGAUAAUAGACCAAACAAACAAUUGCAAUAAACCGGAAAAAGAUCAGUUGAUUGUUCAACGUGUAAAUAAUCCAAUAAUUGUUGUGUGCUGUUGCUGAGGACACAGAAACACAGAGAACGUUUGGAGAUAAGUAUUUGUGAGGUAGGCUGCACGGUGUUGUGCAGACAGGUAGCUCUGUGCAGACUGUUAGAACAAAGUGAACCACCGGGGUCAUAAGCACACAACACAACAGUUAGUGAAUGGAUGGAGAAGGUUCAGUACAGAUUCUAGUCCCUGGAAGAACGCACCACAGCCGGUAUGUCAAAGAAUAAAACACUAAUUACCUUAAAAAUUGUUGUAAGAGGUACAGUAAGUGUGUGAAGUUAUUGGGCAAGUCAAUGUAGAUCAAUGGAAGAAAUUAGUCGUUCCUAAUCAAAAACACAGAAAAUGUCUAUUGAUGUGACUUAAAAGAAGGGGUUUGUUUUUAUGUGUGUGUGUGUGUGUGUGUGUGUGUGUGUGUGUGUGUGUGUGUGUGUGUGUGUGUGU